AGUGUGUCAGAGCGGCAGUUGUGUUAUCAUACUGAACUUGCCGCCAAAUAUCGGAAAAUCAAAAACUAGCUUUUAAUCCAAAAUUGACAAUGAUACGUUGGUGAAAGUGAGGUGUGUUGUUUUUUUGGAAUACUUUCUGGUGUACUGACUGUGUGAGUGAGAUGCCCAGCACCUAGCUAUGGCCGGGUGGCUCACCGUCGUGCAGCUGAGCGAGGACAAUGCCCGCGUGGUGCUGCUGGCGGCGGUACUGUUGCUGUACAUGCUGCUGGGGGCCCUGCUGUUCCAGCAACUGGAGUCUGCCGCCGAGCUGACCCUAGUGGAGGACUACGACCGCGUGCUCUCACAGUUCCGCGCCGCCCUGGACAACACCACGCUGGACCACGCGGCCCUGGAGAGGCUCCUGAAUCUACAUACUGCAGUCACCUCGGGGGCGGGCCAAGGCAGGCGUUGGGACUUCGCAGGCAGCUUCCACUUUGUCAGUACCAUCGUUUCCACCAUAGGUUACGGCAACACUACGCCGCAGACUACGGCAGGAAGGGUCGCUGUUAUCGCUUACGGGUUCUUGGGUUGUUCCAGUGGCAUAUUGUUCUUUAACCUCUUCUUAGAAAGAAUCAUCACUCUUCUUGCUUACAUACUGAGAUCAAUCUACUUACGGAAACUAAAUAAGGAAGGUCAGGAGGUAGAUGAAGACGACAGCCUGGACGACUGGAAGCCCAGUGUCUACUGGGUGAUGCUAUGUCUUGUGGUGGCUUCAGUCGUUGUCGCUGGAUGUGCCUCGGCACUCUACUGCCCCCUGGAGAACUGGACCUUCUUCGAGUCCCUCUACUUCUGCUUCGUCUCGUUCGCUACUAUUGGGUUCGGAGACUAUGUAACGACACAAGGCCCCGAGUAUCCGUACCCAGAGUUGUACAGGGUGGCUAACUUCCUGCUCCUGGUGCUGGGCUGUUGCUGUAUAUACUCGCUGUUCAACGUGACCAGUAUCGUGGUGAAGCAGGCUCUCAACUGGGUGAUUCUACACUUGGACUGUCAGUGCUGCGACCGCCAGGGCAAGGCUGGCAGGAUGCUGAGGCGUCACUCGCUACGGCUCCAGCAGAGGAGGCGUUCCAGUAUUACCUAUCCCAGAAGUCUCCGCAAAUCUACCAGGACGAAGCGUACGCCGAUGUGUGACGUCGUGGCCGAAACUGACUCGGCUGGUUACGAUUCAGAGGCGGGGGUAGACUCCAAGGGUCGCCGACUCUCGGGUGAAAUGAUCUCCAUGAAAGACUUCCUGACAUCCAACAAGGUGUCACUGGCGGUGAUGCAGAAACAGCUGUACGAGACGGCGAUGAUGCAGCGGGGCUACGGUGACGACAAGUCGGGUGGCAAGUUCACUCCGGGGACCGUAGGGCCGCUGGCCAUCGUCACCCAGAAGUUAGGGGACAGCUCCGCCAGCAGAUAGCCCGGCGGCGUCAAGUAGGAGGCAGACACAAGGCUGUGAUUAGGCUAGACCGCUUCUACAAUUAUAUUCUAAAUAGUUGACUGUUGGUGCAGUGAAACUGUUGUUUGGUGGCGUUGAGUUUUAAGUGGUCUAUGUUGGUCUCCGUUUCAGAAAAAUAUGAGAAAAAGUAUUAAUUUAACUCUCAAGGUUAUCAGUUGUGUAAGAUUCUCCUCAAAUACAACCAAAAAGGUUUAUACUAGACCUCACUCAAUAUACGAGUAAAUAGUUAUAUACCUCUUUAACAAAUAUUCAAUUGGUGAAUGCACAUAUUUUUAUAAUGGCACAGCAGUUAGUCCUAGGUGCAGUUGAUAAAUUCAACAGUUGUGUUGAUUCGUGGAUUUAUUUGAAGAAUUUUAUGCACUUAUAAAUGCUAAAUGAACGAUUGCGUUAUACUGAAAUGUAAAGACAUGUAGAAAAUUAAGAGCCAUAUUUUUUGUUGUCCCUGUUCUAUAUUUAUGACGUAACAGAAAGUAAAAGUUCCUUUCUGUAGAAUGAUUUGUUUUUUUACUGUAAAUACGUCAUCUGCAGGAGGAUAAUAAAACUAUUAACCAUAACGCGUUCCUUACAGCACUACCAGUGCAGCCAGUGAUUCCUUAAAGUUGUCUAGCAGAUAAAAAAAUUGAAGAGUAUUUCAUUUGAUUGCUCAAAGUAAAUAUAAAUAUAAGUUUUUUUUUAGAAAUAACAUUGAAAAAGAAAUAAUAUCUCUCAAAAGUGAAUAGAUGAUUAGAUUCAAAAGAAUAUAAUGCUAAUGGAUUCUAAAGUAAAAUGAUCUGAUAUCUAAGAUGUGUCUAAAGAACUUUUUUUAAACACGGAAGAGUAAGUUUAAGAAAGGCAGUCCAUUUGAGAAUAUAAUUUCAAUAUACUCAUUGUUAAUGUCGAGGAAUUAAACCUCAUUCACUGGAUUUCAUAAAUACAAUGUAUACAAGCCUUCUUAAUUUGCAUUGUCAGUAUUUACAGACAUUGUAAAAAGGUAGGAACUAGAAACGAAACUGAACUCUGCUUGAUUUACGAACUAGAAAAGGGGUAUGUAUUGUAUGGUUUAAAUUAAUAGAAAUAAUAUUUAAUUUGUUUUAAUGUACCAAAAUGUAUAUUUUUAUUUUCUUUACAUAUUUAUAAUCGGAAUUUACCAUUUCGGUUCUUGCUCUCUAAUUAUUUUUUUUUAAAGAGUAUCUCAAUUUUGUUGGUGAUUUUCAAGAACCUGAAGAAAAUUAUAGCAGUUAUCUUAAAACUAUUAAAUUGCUGUUGCAUAUUUUUGCCCCAAGUUACAUCAAGUAACGGCUAUUGAUUAUGUGUAAUUACAAACACUUUAAGCUACGAUUUGGAGGAUUUAUAAAUCUUUAAGUAAGAGCUCAAAAUAAACUAAACAAUGUGGAACCGGCAACAAAUUGUUGAUUAGAUUUACGUACAAAUUAGGUUAAUAAUUCAAUACUGUUAUCUCGAUUGUCGUUACUCUUUUCGUCUUGAAUAGUUUUAGAUUUGCUAGAAAUAUUAAAAAAAAAAAUACCUUAAUGAAAGCGAGAUUAAGAGAAAAACCUCAUUAUUCAGCACUAAACGUCGCUCACCUAUUAAACCAAUUAUUCAAUAGUAUUUCACUUUGAAAAUUAAAAACGUAUUAAAUAAAUGCGCGUGCACUUAUUAUCCUUUUAUUACUUUUACACCUAAAUAAAAAAUGUUGAUUAUAUAGAAAAACAAACAUGGAUUUUAACAAUUUAUUAAUAUGAGAAUCAAUGCACAUUUGUUGCAUUUGGGUAAAAAGAAAGUAAACUUGUCAAAAUUAUUAUGAAUAUUAAUUCGUGUAGUAUAGUUAAAUUGACAUUAAAAAACUAUUUAAGCUAUAUUCUUUCAGACUAUAACUUUAUACGUGUUACAAAGUUACUAUAAUAAAUAUAGAGACUGAGAUCUUGCAUGUAACAAGUUCUAAUGAACAUAAAAGUUGAUAUAAAUGACUUAAUGUCGUAGUUCUUUAUAUUUGAAUAUUUUAAGGAGUUACAUAAAUAUAUCAUUUUAAUAUUACUCAUAAUCUACACACUGCUAUGUUUAUGUGCGUAGGAGAUCAUCCAAAAGAUGAUUAUUUUACAUUUACAAUACUAAUAGGUGUACAUAUUUUAAUUAUUUUUGAAAAUAUUAGUAAACUGAAGAUUUUAAAUUAAAUAUAUUGCAAAAUAACCACUGUUAAAUAUGUUUAUACAUCCUUAAAAUAACGUUUGUACAUGUUUGCAAAACUAUUUUUUUCGUGAGUGACAUGAAAAAUUAAACUAGUUCUAAAGAUCCUAAAUAUAUGUUAUAUUAGACAAAUAAACUAUGAGCUGACAAAUAUGAUGGUUUUCCAAAUUAUACCACUAUACUUUCAACUUGAACAUUGGGUCUGGGAUUGCAUUUAUUGAAAGUUAGGUCUACCUUAAAUGUAACCAUACAUCUUGUUGUGUGUUUGAGUAAAAAGAAAACAGGGCACCAAACUUGUGACAGUGUAUAGCCUAUUGCACAUUCAGAGGCAUCUCUUUUCCACUAUAAAUUGUGCUCUAGCCUGGAUAGGUUCUUCAGUUCCAACUGCUAUAUCUUCUUUCAACUGUUGGAAUGCAUUGAUAGCUACAACUGUAGUUUUAUUGGAUGAUAGAGAGGUCUUAUCUUCUCAAAUUUGAAUAAAGCUUGAAUAGUGAAAGAAUAUACCUUGGUAACGAUGUAGAGAGUGGAUAUCCUGAGGCACUUUCAACCUGAGUGAAUGUUGACGGCGAUCUGAAUCAGGCCGAGCUUGAGUUCUUGAAAUGACAUUGCCCAAGAGAAGAAUCAAUUUCUGAGCAAAGGAGCAUUUGUCUAUAUUCCAAGUCAAAUUGAUUUUCAUUCUUUGGGACUUCAAGAAUUUUUUGAAAGUUUAAAUUGUGAUAUGCUUGUUUUUUUCCUCCAAUCGUCACAUAAUCAAGAUAUUCUACAUUGCAUUUAAAAUUUUCUUUUCUGAUUACAGAGUCCAAAAUCCUUUGAAAACCAUAAAAAAUGUGUAACUUCAAAGAGAAUCCUUCAAAAUUGCUAGAGCUGAUCACUUGCCUCAUAAGCCGAAUGGCCAUGGUUAUGUUCUUCAAUUUGGAAGGCUCUCUGGAGAUCUAUUGAACUGAAUGUACUUAACCUAGAAAUACAAUUUACAAUAACUUAUCUUGGCAAUACACUCCACGCAUCUAGCAUAGUAAAACGGUUUAUAAUUAUUGAGUAGUCAAUACACGGUCGCUUCAUUAUUCCUUCCCCUCAAUAACAAUCACCUUGGUUGGGCAUGUUAAAGAGCAUUGUCCAAAAACUCCUGUAGAGAGGAGCCUCUCAGUUUAUUUUUUGAUACCCUUCAGAUCUUCCUCAGAACGGCAUGAUUUAACUGCAAUUGGUUUAAAGUCUGGAAUUAAGGUUCUUAAAUUCAUAUACAUUAAGGUUAAUUGUAAAUAAAUAAAUAUGUUUAAUUUAGUGGGGUGCUUUUCAUAUUUUACUAGGUAUACGAUGUUAUACAACUAUUAUUCUGUUAAGUUUACCUGGUUAUACAUUAUGAAAAAAUAUAUUGUAUAAUAAUAAGUAGUACAAAAGCUACGUACCAUAUAAGGAAAACCACUUACACCGUUGCAUAUUUUUAGAAAGCGCUUAUUAGGAAAAAUAUACAUAGAACUACUAGUAACAGAUCUAGAAUAUGAGAAACAUGAUUAUGAUAUAUAGAACAUGUUAGUUGUACUAUAUUUUGUUGUUGAAAGGAAACAAUAAUAAUUAUUUUAUAUAUAAUUUCGCUUAAAAAAUAAAAUUCAAAGAUUUUAUCAUGUAUAUCUGCACAUAAAUAAAACUAUAUAACUUAUUUUUAGUUUACAUGUGUGUGUCUGUUGAUAAAGUAAAGACCUCCUAUUUUAUAUAGUGCAAGAUUGAAUAGUUAUAGAGUAUUGAGUAUUUUGCAAACUAUUUAGCAAAUUUUAAUUAUUUAGUUACUUAAUUUAAUAUUAGCUGUAUAUUUUAAGAAAUUUUACUACUGCCAAAGUGAGAAAAUCAUAUUUGUUAGAAUUAAAGAUUGAAAACGUAUAUUUGAA